AUGAAUUGUUCAACAAGGCGCAAUAACUUGAGCGAGACGGAAGACACAGCAAAAGUUUUCUAUGGUCUACGUGACUUAGUACACGGUUUCCGAAGAAUGAAUAAUUUAAAACUUGAGCUCGAUUGCCCCGUUGUCUUUUAUUUACUUCCAUUCUCUCGUAAUGAAGACACAAGAGCGAGAAGUUUUCCACACCAUGGAGCAUCGGAAAAUUAUAGCUUACAGACGACAAGAAAGGAGAAAAGAAAAGUUUUCCUUUUCGACACGCUCGGUGUCUGCGUUUGGGUUUCCAUUGUCUUCUUGUUCUUCAAAGGUUCGCUUCUGUUUUGGGGGUUGAAUGAACCUAUUCUUGAAUCAAGUAAGAAAUCGUUUUUCCGAGUUGAUGCCCUUGAGAAAAAGUAA